UUCAAAAAGACUCAAAAUGAAGCAUGUAAGGUUCUGCCUUCGUGCCCUUGGUCUUCUGCACACUGCCCGUUCCAAGCGAGUGACCGGUCCUGUCCAGAAUUCCGGGAAUGGCCCGGCCCGCUGAGUAUCCCUGAAGGUCUGUGGAGCAGCAGCAAACCAGACCUUUCCACAGCUGACACAACUAGGAGAGCCUGGCGUUCCUGUCUCUGGAUCCUCACCGGAAGUUCAGAUUUUCUGAAGUGAUAACAGGGCCUGGGGGGGGUCACCUGUAGGAGCCACAACUUGUGCUGUCGUCUGGGCGGGCCCCAUGUCUCCGAGGACACCCCUGGAGGUGCCCCGAAGGUCCACUGUAAGGGAUGCGGAGGGAUUCUACAGCUGGUGGAGCCCCUGGAGGCUGACCGACCUGCAAAGAGGAACGCUGUCUUCAUUUUCUGUUUCUAUUUCUGUUUCAUAGUGCAGGAAGCCAAGGAGUCUAAAACGGGCCAUCAAAGUAAUUCAUUUUCUCAUUAAUUCCUUAAUUAAGGAAAUGGCAGGGAUGGCCGUCGCCCAAUCUCCGCGGGAACGGAAUACUUUUGACGGCUGUAGGGUGCAGGAGCGGGCAGGCCACUCGGGGAACCGGCUCUGCGCACAAGGGAGGGCUCUGUCUGCGGCUCCGGCAGCCGGGACCACGGCUUCCGGCGCAGAGGAGCCCUGCGGGUGAUUCCAGGGACAGACAGAGGGGUAAAGGGGAAAUAUCCACCUCGAAGCAGUCUGAAGGGAGGAACUUGUAGAGUCCCUUUUUAAGAUGACACGAACAGACCCGCCUGACAUACUGGUAUCGACUGUGUAUCGAGACAUUAAAGUGAACCCCAGCUCCACGUCCUCCAGGUCUCUCCAUUCAUCCUCACCAUGUGAUUCCCAGAUCCUCGGCACGCUGGAGCUCGAUCAGGACAAGUUCAACAAGAGGCACUGCCGCAGCUUCGACUUCCUCGAGUCCCUGGACGAUCCGAAGGCUUGCGCGCCCUCGAUGGAGCAGAGGUACCGGAGGGCCGACAGGGGGGUCCCCAAUCCCGAUGCCGCUUGGAGCGCUCUGGCUCAGCAGGGUCACCUCCGGUUCUCCUCGCCGGACCUGUUCAACUCCAGGCUGCCUCCUCCUCCUCCUCAUCCUCACCCUCCUGCGCAGCAGCAGCAGCAGCCCCAUGCGUGUGAGGCCACGAGCGAGGCGGCCAGGGCGGACAUGAAGAGGAGGGCCCGGUCGAAGAGCGCCCCCAGGGCGAAGACCACUUUCACGCCGGUGCCCAUCGAGGUGUCUCCUCCGCCCGUGCGGAGGGGCAGGGAGGUGCAGAGGGCCCCCCGGGAGCCCCAGAGGAGGCCGGAGGGCUCCCCGCGACGGGAGCCUUCCUACGGGCCCUACCAUCCCUCGAACAGGGCCUUGAUGAACGAGGUCCACCCCAUAAAACUGCAGCCCCAGAGGGGAGACAGCCGCUACUCCCCUCUGUUCGUCUCCGACUGCCUGGAGGAGAGCAGAUCGGACAAGCAGGCCGCCAGCCCUCAUGUCAGGUGCCGCGUGGAUAUCAAGCCGGACGAGGCCGUGCUGCAGCAGGCGGUGAAGGGGGGGAAGCCCCCGGUGCCCAGGGCUGAGGUGGCCUGGCAGAGAUACCCCAGCGGGGGGGGCAGGGCCCUGAUUGUGCCACGCCAGGCCUCCUCCUCCAGGACGCCGACCCCCAGUGACUCCUACAGUGGGGAGUACAGGCAGGCGUACCCGUAUCACAGCUGCAUGCCAAAUGACUACGCCCCGGCGGACCUCCCUGUGCAGACCGUGCCGUCUCCCAGGGAGUACCUUGGCAGAGAGCGGAGGGCUUUUUCCAUCCCCAAUGUGCCGACCAAAUACUUCUACACCGAGGACCUCGGCGGGUAUGCUGCUCCGGCUCCGGUUCCUGCUCCCGCUCCGGCUCCGGCUCCGGCUCCCCCUGCCAGGACUUUCUACCAGGAGGAACACUACAGCUAUCCCAGCCAAAACCUUGCUCCCAAAGUGCAGUACGCGCCAGAUCCCAGGACUCGCCUGGUUCACACUUUCCCAGCCCGGCCAUAUUAUACCGAAGAGCCUCGCCAGUACCCAGUGUAUCCCAAACCUUACUCUACCAAUGACCCCCAGCCCUACAUUGUCCAGACUGCCCCUUCUAGGACGUACUAUGGGGAGGACCCUAGAACCUGCCAGUUCCAGACGGUCCCAUCCAAGGUGUUCUACACCAAUGAGCACUACGCUGCCCCCGCGGAGCACCAUAUUCCUUCCCGGGCCUAUCACACGGAGGGCCGCCGCCGCCCAAGGGUGUCUCAGCCUCAGGUGGGCGAGUGGUACGGCUCCGAUGGACUUGGCUAUGCCACCCACCAUCCUUCCUCUCACGCCGCCCAGUAUCCCCCGCAGAGGACCAGGGUCGAACCCGUGCUCUCGCCGUGGUACGGCUCCCACGGCCUGGAGCAGGGCAGGCUGGGGACGGACUCCAGGCCCUACUCCAAGUCUUGGGACAACAUCCUGAACCCGGGCGCGGAGAGGGAGCCCCCGGUGCAGCGCGGGAGGAGCUACGAGAACCUGCUCUGCCGGGGCAAGCGGGCCUCGUCCCCGGACGAGAGGAGGCAGCCGGUGAUCGUCAACCUGUCCAGCUCGCCGCGGCGCUACGCGGCCCUGUCCCUGUCCGAGAACUCGCUGAUGGAGAAGGUGCGCUCGGACGGCGGGAGGAACGCCCUGGGGCGGCUGUGGUUCGUGACGCCCGAGAUCACCAUCACCGACAACGACAUCCGCCCCGCCGGCUUCGGCAAGAAGGAGGGGCGCUCGGCCAGCUGGGAUGUGCUGGACUCCAGCACCACUCCGGCCCCGAGCGGACCUUACCAGGACCCGCGUCCGCACAACGAGGACGGAACCAAAGAGAAGACCCACAACAGCUCCUCCCUCCAGCAGAGCCUGGAGCAGCUGGACGAGCUUUUGGCCGACCUUGUGAUCGACUACAAGCCCCCGGCCAGCCGCAGGCCCAGCGAGGACCUGCUGGACCAGCUCAAGAAGCUGAUCAACGAGGACGAGUCGGGCCCGUCGGCCAGGAGAGAGCCCCUGGAGCCGGAUGACCCGGCCCCGCUGAAGAAGCAGCCCGCGGCCCUGAAAGUCGGCCCCGCCGCCCACAAGGAGGAGGGCGGGGGCGGCUUCGGCGGGCUCCCCCGGGGCGCCGAGGAGUGCUCGCCGGACCAGAGCACGGACGAGGACGACACCAUGAUGUGCUCCAACAGCAAGUGCGGGCGGACGGAGACCCUGUUCAACGCCUGCCUCUACUUCAAGUCCUGCCACAGCUGCUACACCUACUACUGCUCCCGCAACUGUCGGCGCGAGGACUGGGACGUGCACAAGGAGAACUGCCUGUACGGCCGGGUGGGCAGCGUCUGCCGGCACAUCCUCAGGUUCUGCCGCGAGAGCGGCGACGUCCACCUGGCCUUCUCCCGCAUCGCCAAAGUGGGCUUCCUGUCCCGCGGGAGGGGCGUCCUCUUCCUGGGGCUCCCCAACCCGGGGUCCGCCGAUAACUUCCUGCAGUACGGCCUGGAGAGCCUCCUCAUGUCGCCCACCUACCUGUCCCUCAGGGAGCUGGAGGGCUUCAGGGACAACCUGGGGGAGUACGGCAAGGAGCUGCAGGAGGCCGGCCAGGAGUACGACCCCAGCGAAUGUUUCCUCCUGAAUGUAUCCAUAGCCGUCGGCGAACACGUGCCAAACAGGCCCUCCCCGAGGGUCCCAGCCCCCACGGUCAGGAAGUACGCCAAGGUGGCCCUGGCCUCCUCCAGCCCCGAGAAGAAGAUCCUGAGGAAGGAGAGCGACAUGGAGACCCUGAUCCUCACCCCUCCCCCGGGCACGGCGGACAUCGACAAAGAAGGGGAGGAGGGCAGGAAGGCCAGGGAGAUCUGCUUCAUCAACAUUCAGCGCGAGCUGAGGACCCGGGGGGUCUUCCUCCGCCACGAGUACCCCAAAAUCUACCAGCAGCUCUGUGAGUUUGUGGAAAGUAACAAGAGGUUCACUCCCACCACCAUUUACCCCAUCGACAAGCGGACUGGGAAGCAGUUCAUGUGUAUGAUCAUGGCCGCCUCCGAGCCCAGAACCCUGGACUGGGUGGGCACCCCCCACCUCCUGGACGACAUUAUAUAACCAAGUGCACCUUUGAUGUUCUGUAUAUAAAAUAUAUUGUUAUACAUAUCUUAACAUGAAGCCUAUUUAUUAUAGAUGUUUGUAGAUACGUAUUUUACUAUGGAGAAGAGUUAUAUUCAUGUUUGCCUCGUCGGUAUUAUUUAUAAUAGGAUGUAAUGGCCUGUCAGAAAACAAAAAAAUGGAGGAUGUUUAGCCAGCCUGGUACUUGUUUUUUCCCCUCCUGAGGCAAAUCAAUCUCCCCUGCAUCAGCCGCUUCUCUGCUACAGUGGCUUGUAGGUCGGUGUUGUGUAUUACCAAGGCCAGCAGGGUUGUGGCAUCCACAGCGACUGUUUGCCAGCACAGCCCUGCCAGCCAGGAGUGCCGAAGGGAAAGGGUGCCUCAGGCUGAAGCAUCCUGCCUCUGGAGUAGGAUUUCAACGUAUCGUUGUAGGUUCUUCUAGAAAUAGACCAGUUUACUGCCUUUCACAUCUCCAGCAGUUCCUGUAGGAAGCCUUACUGUGAAUUCCAAUAGGAUGAGGAUGUCUGUUUCUAUGUGAAAUGCAUUAUAAGUAAUAAUAUAUAGUGACACACUGGUUUCCUGGUUCCUCCUUAAUCCAGCCGCUGAAGAAGUUUGACUCCUCCCCUGGUCUGCUGUGCAGCAGGGCUGCUGUGUGUCACUCAGAAGGGGGCUGGAUGUCAGUGGUGGGGCAGAUGGGUCCCCUCUGCUAUAUAAAGUGCUUUAGAAAUGCAGAAUUAUUAUGAUGAGAGCAUAUCUCACAUUUGCGUCUCUUAUUUAUCAUUUUAAAUUUUUAAUGUUCUGCUUGCUCGUUAGGAAGACCAAGCCGAACGAUCAAGCGGUUCUCCUCCAGGAGUGGGGGGAAAAAAAAGACAUUUUACCGAUAUCCAGUCCAAGCGAUCAGCUUGGGGAUUUUAGAUCUGGGAGAGUGAUUAGAGGGAUUGCAAAAUGAAGGCAUUCAGGAUUAGCCAACCAAAUGUGCUGAGAAUUUGCUAAGUAUAAUUGAAGGGCUUCAUGACACUCUGGCGAUGCUCCAGAGCUGAUCUGCUGUGCCAGGGAAGAACAGAGCGACUCUGAUCUUUUUCAGUUAUACUGGAUGUGAUGAGUUUGGGGAAAAACAGAUGCACGAAUGUUAGGCAAGGUAUAUCAUGAUGGAUACUAACAUUCUGGUCCUGCCUUUCCUGUAUCAUCACCAGGUGGAUAAUUGAUUGUUAAUAAUUAUAAGGUAACUCAAUUUUGUGUAAAACCCAGUUCGAUGAAAUGGAAUUUAAGAAGACAAGGUUUAAAUGUGUUGAUACUGCACAGUGUAGGAAACAGCAUUAGAUUAAGAUCGGCCAUUUGCAGAUGUACAACAGUGCUUGUGCUUAGCUACUGUAGGACAAAUGUGAGAGCUGCUAAAUUUAUACUUGGCAGCUCAUUUUUGUAUUUCAGAUUUUGGGAACUUUGUGCUCCAGUUACACCUUGUAAUAAUUCAUAGACAAAAGACUUAACCGUGCCCAUGUUCUUGUGUAGCUGCUGUCUCUGUGGUAUCCUUUAUUUUUCCCUAAGAUGGAAUCUUGCUGCCAUUAUUUACAGCUGUGUGUGUGUGUGUGCGCAGUGCAGGUAACUUGCAAGGCAAAUGCUGCCUUCCUUUGGUCUUAAUUUCUGGAAAAUACAACACGUUAAUAAUUAAGCGAUAAACUGUAACUGUUUGUGAAUAAUUUAUCCAGCUAUGGUUUUAGAGGCAAAAGUUCUUAAUCGAUCCCAGGGAGUUGUGGAUGAGUUUGUCCUCGCCUUCCGGAGCUCAGAAUGAGCUGGAAAGAUUCAGCCCCCUUUUCCCGAGACCUGAGCUCUUACACUUACACUUACACACGAGCUGGUGUGAUGUCCUCAGUUGUCCCUGUCUCCUUGGCCCCGGGAUGGACAGGUCCCUGUCCAGGGCAGGGCGUUCACUGGCAGUCAGUCUCUCCCCUACCCUUGCUCGCUGUCCCUCCAGGGUGAGGUGCAAGCCUGCUGCAGCCCUGACCAGGGCAGGAGACGUUCCGAUGACGGAUAAAUAGAAGCCAAAUUAUUCCUGCUGGGUUCCUGCUCAGUAUUUAUCACCCCCUGGGUAAAUCAACGGACUGUAGAAACGUGCCCAAGCCCGUUUGAGCAGCCCACAAUGACCUCCAUCUCUGCGUUUCCGACGGUUACAGAUGAGUUUGCACCCAUGUUCACGUUGAGGCACUUUCUGUCGUCUUUGGAGCCUUAGUUACCACCCCCCUGACAGCCAGGUAUCCAGAAUGAAACGAGGCAGGCUCCUAAAGGUCGUCUCCCAGGUGUGGAGAGAAGGGAACCGUUGUCAAGCCAAGUAUAAUUCUUGUGCCGCACGUUUAGAGUUGAUCACUGCACUUGUUCCCGAUUUGUUUAUUUUUGCCGCAAUAUUUCAGUCUGCGUGUCGAUGAGCGGUGCAAGGGGAAAUCGGACUAGAGCGCUGUUUGGAAUACUUGCGGUAGCGAAAUGGAGCUGGUGUGACAGAUAAGCCGAGCCUUUACUCGGCACGCUGUAGAACAGACCUGUACAUCACUUGAAAACGUUCAGGACGUUUUUGGGAAGCGUGUGAAACUUUCCGUCCUCGGAGUGAGGUCUCAAGGCCAGCCUGUGGCGAUAAUCUAACUGCAAAUUGAGACCCAACACUGGGAGAGCAAUCUUAAGACUAUGGUAAGAGGACAAGCACUGUGUCAACAUUUCUCUGGGUGCAAGGCACUGCUACACUACCAAAACAAGAGACUCGCUUUCUGACAUAGAACUAAUAAUUCCUUUUACGUGUGGCAUCCAAAAAAUGUUCCAUUUUCUGGCUCAGUAUUAAAAAAAUACCUUCAGCUGCAUGGUGUUAUGCUUAUAAGUACGACUUUGUUUAAACACUGUCCUCUGACUAAACCAACACAUCGCCUACUUCAUUAUCAUCAUUAUAUCUGCAGCACUGCGCCCCCUCUAUCAGUUGGACUCCUUUACAAGCUGUAUGCACCCGUGCGAGUUGAAUGUUACUGAAUGCACGUUUACUUUCCCAUGUAUCAUUUUAAUAAUCAAUAAUAAAAUGCCUGAAGAUUUUAAUAUUUUUACAAAAAAAAAAGUAUGCAGGGUGAUGAAAUGAUUUCUAUAUUUAAUGCCAUGUACUGUAAUUGUGUGUAGAAUAAAACCUGUGAGGGGAAAAUGAUUUUUCUUUUUUA